AUAUUAUGUGGGGGAGAGGGCAAGAAAAUUCUUCUUAGAAAAAGUGGGUUGUUUGAAAAACCAUGCAAUUCUUGGACCAAAGCUUAAAAAAGGCCAAAGAGAGAAAAAGGGUGCUUAGUAAACUAGGCAAAAGGGGAGACAGGCAAGCAUGGUGAGGUUUCCUUGUUGUGAGAAGAUGGGAAUGAAGAAAGGACCAUGGACUCCUGAAGAAGAUCAAAUUUUGAUAUCUUACAUUCAAAGAUAUGGCCAUGGAAAUUGGAGGGCACUCCCCAAACAAGCUGGUUUACCAAGAUGUGGAAAGAGUUGCAGGCUUCGAUGGAUAAAUUACUUGAGGCCAGACAUUAAACGAGGAAACUUCACCAAUAAGGAAGAAGAAACUAUCUUUCAGCUGCAUCAAGUUCUUGGCAAUAGAUGGUCUGCCAUUGCAGCAAGAUUACCAGGGAGAACAGAUAAUGAGGUUAAGAACUACUGGCAUGGCCAUUUGAAGAAAAAACUUAAACAAAGGUCGACUGCAAUAGAACAAGGUUUCGGAUCGACAGAUCGACAAGAAAUCAAGGAAGCAAGAAUACUAUUGCAGCACGAUCAGUUCAGAGAUAGAAGUUCUAGCUUAAACUUAAAGCCAUUAAUUUCCUCACAAGACUCCCCGGAAUCAACUUGUUUAGCAACAAUUGAGCAGCCUGAUGAAUUGGCCUUGUCCAGGGAACAACAAGGAGCAGUACUGGAGGCUGCAGGAGUUAAACUUCCAUUUUCAGCGCUGGAAACCUUGAAGAUCAAUGGCUCCUAUAAUGUUGAUGCUAACAGGGAUUUUUGGUUCAAACUUUUCAUGGAAAACUCGAAUGAAGUGCAUGAAAAUUUAGGAAAUUUUGGGUAGAUUUCCUAAUUAGCAACUACAUUUUCCUUGUUUUAUGCAUGAUUUUCUCCUUUGUAUGGUUUUUCCCAGUGUGUUUAUUAUCCAAAUAAAUUUCGCCAGUUCAUAAUUCAGC